AGUCUACUUUGUUUUGGCGGGAAAACGUCAAAUUAUGUAAACAUUUCCUGUUCGGCUGUAGUGUAGAACUAGAAGACGGAAUCAUGGCUCCGACUAAGAGUUUUGAAAGACGAUAUGCAAAGCGGGAAACAAAACAACGGACAUUUACAUUUGUUCGAAACUGGAAGAAUGUUGCACCUGAAAGUCAGCAAAACAUUCAAGAAACAAAUGGAACGCAGCUGAAUGAGCGUGCCAUAAUAUCUCCGGUGCCUCAGAUUUUCAGUGACAGUGACAACCUAUCAACUUCGGACAUCGUUAACCAGAGUCCUGUACCCAUUAUUAUCAGUCAUGUUGCAAAUCAAAGUCAACACCUGCAGAAUGAUGAAGAUGAUGAAGAAGAUGAAGACGAUGAUGAUGAUGUUAAUAAUAAUGUUGAAAAUGGUGAUGAUGCUCAUAAGGAUGAUGUCGUUUCACCCAAAAAACCUCAAGUACCCAAUUCUUUUAAAUCUCCCAAGAGUGUCCGGUCCCAAACUAGACAACAAAAAACAAAGUCUGCCACAGACAUGUCCCUAACACAUUCUUCACUCCGGGAUGAUGUCGGUUCACCCGAAAAACCUCAAGAACCAGAUUCUUUUAAAUCUCCCAAGAGUGUCCGGUCCCAAACGAGACAACAAAAAACAAAGUCUGCCACAGACUUGUCCCUAACACGUUCUCCACUCCGGGAAAAUGUCACAAUUCAGAAGCAGACGAAGAGAUCAACAAAAGAACAAACACCCAACCCCGAUGGUAAUGUGCACAUCACUACCAAAAGGGCUGAAAGUGACGGUAGUGUAUCCUUGACUACCAGCAGAAACAGUUCAGUGGUGUUAAAGGGUAAAAGUGUGAGUGCAUCAUUAAGUAAUAAAGAACCGAGGAAGGUGUCUGUAGGCCGCACCCAUUGUGAUAAUCAUAACGACGUGAUAGCCAGUACACCAAGUAGUCUGUGGAAAGCAAGAAGAGUUACUGGAUGUUCUAAGAAACACAUUACACAACCCACGUCUAGUGGUAUUUCUACAAAAAAGAAUAAUUCCUUGGUUAUGGUAACAAGCACACCAAUGGAACCAGUAAAAAAGACCACUGUUACCAGGGCAAUGGGUCAUCAGAACAGACAGCAAUCUACCGAUGGAGCUAAAGCAGUCCGGAGAAAUGAGCCAUUACAGGAUGAUGAAGACAGUGUUCGAUGUGGUACUGACGUCCUUGACCUUGAUAUAAUUUAUGAAUGCACUGAGGAAACGGAACAAGAAGUCUUAGAAGAAGCCAUCUCCCAGACAUGUGUGAAUGCGGCAAAGAAAGUUUUGGAUGUCACCAGAAAAGAGCUAAGAAAAACAAUGUCACAGAUACAUCAGAUCAAGUUGCAGAAAGCCCAAGUACAGAAGAAAAAAAGUAACGUGAAGAGACUUAGAGCAGAUCUUCGUGAAAUACAACAGACUAAAACAAGGUUGAAGUCAAAGGUCACUAAUCUCCGGAAGCGAUGUCAUGUAGAUAAAGAUCUGCUGCUGAUCAGUAAUUGGCUGUGUGAUUUCAGCAAGUUCCAGAAACAGUGGUUUAACAGCCCGGCAUCAAAAGAACGACAGAUAAUUGAAGCUGUACAGGCAGUGUGAUAAGAAUGCAGACGGUGAUCUUUAUUGCUAGUGUUUAAAAGCCACAAGUGAAAUAGAGAACGAUCUUCGACGCAUAUUGUGUCCCUUGAAACACUACACAUUUCAUAAUACGAGGAAUGAAUGACCAAACGAUUUUCUCAGAAUUCUUAUAUGUUUGGUACCACUAAAAUAAUUUUUCUUUCCUUUUUCCUUAAUGAAAUUUCUUCUUUUAAAUCCUCAUCCUUUUUAAGACCCAUCAAUUUUCCAUUUUGUUUGGUACGGUCUUUAUUGUCUGUGGAAUGUGUUUUCACCACUUGACAAUUGAACUAAGAUAAAAUCUUAUUGACCACUAUAGGGCUUGUUAUAGCAGCCUGAGAAAAGCAAAAAGCAAUCCAUUUUUAGACCUAGUAUUUGAAAUACAUAGACGUCGAAAGAUGAUAACAAUGGAGGAGUUAUAUAUCAAUUUGAUUUUCAAUGGGGAGUGGGGAGAGGCAAUGCAUUAUUGUUAAGAGUUGACAAUACCAGUGCCUCAAUGAUCCUCAUGCUUCAGAGGCCUGUACUAAUGAAAUAAAAAUUGACCUUCUAAAAACGGGGGGGGGGGGGGGGGGUAUAUGUGGAGAACAUUGUACCAUUCUUGAGUUUCUUUAUAUGUGUAUAACCUGAACAACUAUUUUCAAAUUAUAUCGGUGUCUGCAUGCCAUAAUGUAUUCUGAUAACUAUUGUGAUAGAGGGUCACCUGGACAUAAAAUAUCAUUUGCUCAUCAGAUCCACUUGCAGAGACCAAAAGUUUGUUUAACAACACCACUAGAGCACAUUGAUUAAUUAAUCAUCAGCUAUUGGAUGUCAAACAUUUGGUAAUUCUGACUCGUAGUCAUCAGAGGAAACCCGCUACAUUUUUUCUGAUGC